AUGUCAUUAAAGGAGGGCACAGAUUUGCAUAUGUCAAUAGAUACAAAAUUCAAAAUAGCAGCAAUCUGGCCAUCUUGAGGAAGGCUUUGACCAGGGUGUGGCUGUUGAGUGUGCUGUCCUGAUGCUCACAGCUGAUGGUCAAUUUAAAGGUCCCUGUCUUUUUGUCUUACGGUUUACAUAUUUCAAAUGGACCAAAUAGAGGAUGGGAUUCCUACCCACCCUAGGAAGAGGUUAUCAAAUGAGAACCAGGGAAAGCCUGCCCCUUUCCCUGGCAAUGGGAAAAAGCUUUAAUUUUCAGUGCUUCCCAGCAUAGUGAAGAAGUUGAAAGGGUCUCUUUUGGUAGCUAACAAAAUGAGCAGGGUGGGGACUGAGAAUUAGGUAUGUGGGGCAAAAGAGGUAUGCACCUUUUGGUUGCAGAGAUCAUGGUUAGGAAGUAUUAGCUCUUCUGAGCUUUAAACACACACAAAUUGGCCAGUGUGCUCCAUUUACUGUUGCUUGUUGUCCAAAUUUUAGACUAACUAAACAUUAGGUUCAUAGACUCUUGUGGCUGAAUGACAGAUUUGCUUCAUGCUGCGAUGUUCAUUUGUCUCCCUCCUCUUCUGAUACUUGAUUACUUUUCUGAUCUGACAAGCUUCAGCAAGAGGCUUCUUUUGCUUGUGGAAUGGAAUAUCCCCCUUCCCUUCCCUUCUCCUUGACCACAACAGUUCUAAAGCCAACCAAGCUUCAAUAUUUGGGCCUGAUUUAAAAUCCGGUUACCUAAGUGCAUGCAAUACCAAGCUGAUUUUUAUGCACUCGUACAAUCUUUUGAAAAUGUCAAAAUGUUAUUCAACGUAUUAUGAGCUCCUGUGUGUGCAUUUGGGGUGAGAUAUUUUUGGUCAAAGGCCUGCCUCCUCUGGUCUACUUUCCUCAACGAAUCUUGAAUCCCUUCACAUUAACUCAACAAACUUUAUAGGUGCAGAUUCAUGAAUGGAAGCCACCAUUUUUAGCUUUGGUGUGUAGAAUCUCGAGAGAUAUCUAAUACCUUCUGUAAAAGCUAAGACUUAAAGUGUUUAAAUUGGCUUGUCUCGGCUUUUGGGUAUACAUUACAAUAGAGUUCAUUGCAAUAGCAGAGACUUAAGGCAAAACUUUGAUUCCUUGUCUUCAGAUCAACAGUAACAUGGCAGUAUCCGAAUAGGACCAGUAAGAACCGAAUUCAACUCCACAGUCAACGGUGUGAUAUUGGAUCAGUCACGAUCUUGUUGCGAUGAUAAAAUGGGGAGAACCAUGUAAGUCACCUUCAGCUUCUGAGAUGAAAUACGGGAUUAUUAUUUUUAAGCGUGCCUUCAGUGCAAUCCUAUGCACGCCUUUUCAGAAAUAAGGCGCACUGAGUUAUAAAAUGAAAAUUAAGCGAUGGAUGGCCUAAAAAAUAAUAAUGAACGGAGAGGAGGUGGCAACGAACGUGCAAUUUAGCCUCUAUGUCAGAGCAAAGAAAAACAACGCGUGCGCCUCUGAAGCUGCUUACCAUCUCACACACCCCCGCCCGAAAAAAAACCCCCCUCUUUCGGACCGAGCACGUGGCUCUGGCGCGCAGCCAAGCGUGUGUCUGCUCCCUGGCAACCGUGGGAAAGAGGAAGCGCCAUCCGCGCUUUCAACCACAGAGGCCGAACCCGCCGCAGAGGCGCGAGGAAGCCCCGCCCCCUUUCCCCCUCCCCGCCAACCCUCCACCGCAUCCCCAGCCUUCCAACCCUCCGCCCUCCUCCUCCAAUGUCAGCAGGAGGAGGGAGGGGGCGGGGCUAGCCGCUCGAACGGCUCCUCGCGCCGCCCCUCGAGCUGCGCGCGUGACGUCAGAGAGCGAGCGAGAGUUAUGUGCUUCUGUGGCUCGCGCCCGCCUCCUCCUCCUUCCCCGCUUGCGCAAUAACGCGGCGUCGUUGUCUUUGCCGUGAGGAGGCGGGAGGAGGGGGGGGAAGAAGAGUUGGCGGCGGCGGCGGCGCUGGGAGCCCGGCUGGGAUGGAGGACCAGCCGCCGCCACCACCAGCAGCAGCAGCAGGAGCAGCACAGGAGUCGUUGGGGCGUCGCCUCCCGCGACUCCCACAGCCGGUAAGCGACCCUCCAGCAGCAGCAGCAGCGUCUUCCUUUUCCCGACCCUCCGCUUUUCCUCUCUUGCCGCCUCCUCGGCCCGGGCCCAGCUGCGCUCCCCCUUCUCGGCGCCCACCCUCAGGGACGGGGUCGCGGGCGAGUAGGGUCUUAAUGCACCCCCCAACCCCCACGGAGGCCGCUUUCUCCUCAGUUGGGGCCGGUUCUCGUGCUCCCUCCUCCUCCUCCCUAACUGCUGCUGCCCCUUCUCGUUCCCUCAGAACUCUUUGCGGGGGGAGGGGGCUUGUUUGUUCCUCCUCCUCUUCUCUCUCCCCCCCUUCCAGAGCGCCCUUCUCUGAGUGAUCCCCUCUGCCCCGAAAUUAAUCGCAUCCAUGGGUGGAGGAAGAGACAGGCAGGGUUGGGGAAAGUCAUGGGGGGUGAUCAGUAGCCUCAAAGUUAGAUCUCGUUCUUGGUGAUGUUGGUUGCUGCUUUAAGGUUGUGGGUAUACUGUAUAUGUGUACACACGCUAAAGCGGUGCAUUGUGUUUUAAACGGGCCCUUUUGAUUUCCUCCCCUCUCCCACCACCACCUCUCCCGUGCCUUCAGAUUCUGCUUUGCAGCAUGCCACCAUCGCAAAAGUAAACAGAUUUAGGCGGCCGGGGUUGAGAUUGCAUCUGUGCAGGGGCCGGUUUAUUUUUCAGUUGCUGGUCUGGUUUUUCGUUGCUGUUGUUGCUUUAAGUAGAAUAGUGUGGGAAAGAGGGCCUCCAACACCAUUUGAAGGUGCUUUUUCUCUCUAGCGUUGCCAAGGAGUGGGGUAGUGGUUAACUCAAAAAACUAAGAUACUGGCACAGCUGUAUUCUGGUUUGUUGUGAAUUAUUAAAGAAUUAUUAGGAUUAUGGGACCAGGACCUGGUGUAAGUGUAGUCAGAGCUGUUGGGAGCAGUGACCAUAGUGCUAUUAAACUAAACAUACUUGUAAAUGGCUGGCUGCCAAGAAAAUUCAACAUGAUUACUGUUGGAAACACAAGAUGAGGGGGUUGGAAAAAAGGAAAUUGAAAAGUCAAGGGGGUCAUUUCAUUCCAAAAUGCUUGGAACGUGUUUAAAAAUGCAAUAUUAGAUGCUCAACUUGGGUCUGUACUGCAGAUCAGGAAAGGUACUGCAAGGACCAAGAAAUUGGAUAGAGAAAUGUUUUGUCCUUCUCUCAUAACACUAGAAUUCAUGGGCAUCCCAUGAAGUUGAAUGUUGGAAGAUUCAGGACAGAUAAAAUAAUGUACUUCAUGCGGUGUGUGUAGUUAAAUUAUAGAACUCGCUCCUGCAGGAGGCAGUGAUGGUCACCAACUAAUACGACUUUCAAAGGAGUUUAGACAAAUUCAUUAAGAACAAGGCUAUGCUCUGCCUCCGCUAUCAGAGGCAGUAUGCCUCUGAAUACCAGUUGCUGGAAAUCUGAGUCCUGCAUGUGGAUUUUCGCACUGAGAAAAGGAUGCCAGUCUAGCUGGGUCAUUGGCCUGAUCUUGCAGGUUUUUUUAUGUGUUCUUAGGAACAGAAUUUCACAUUGCAUCUGAGUGGAAGGAAAGACUGUUUGUAUCAUGGGAUGUAUUAUGGAACAGUUGCAGAUAUUGGAAAAACUUGAGUGGGAGGGAUUCUUCUACAGUUGUCAGUGUCUUUUGAUAGUUUGCUAACCAACAGCCUAUACUGUUCCUUGCGUUUGUAAUCCAUUAGGUGUACCAUUGAUGUGUAAAUACUUAAAACCCUUGUUUUGAUUCCAGUGAUCAUGCUAGGGGAGAGCAGAAGAUCCUCAUCAAGUGCUGCUCCAGAGUAAAGUGACUUCUGUUAAAUUGGUUACCCUAAUGCUUCCUGGUUUUUUGCUCCCUAAGCAAACCUUUCCCCUUUUAAAAUAAAUGUAAUAAUAUUUCCAAGCAGAAUUAGAAGUUUAAUAGGUCUCUAGCAUGGGAAGCUAUUAAAAGAAUUGGAACAGAAAAUGUUACCAUGGGAGACAGCUUUGAAAAAGUGAUGUGGCAUUCAGUGAUUUGGAUUUGAUGUACUGAGUUGGUUGCUUUAGAACAGGCAUGUCCAACAGGUAGAUUGUGAUCUACCAGUAGAUCACUGGACAUCUGCGGUAGAUCACUGGUUGAUCAUUGGCUCCCCCCAAAGAAGCUGAACAACUGUGGCUCCCCUAAAAAAAGCUCAACCUUUUUGCCUCCUCCCUGAAAAAACUCAACAACUUUGAUCUGAACCCCAAAAAAGGGGGUAGAUCACUGUCAGUUUUUAACUGUUAGUAGAUCGCAGUCUCUUGGGAGUUGGCCACCCCUGCUUUAGAAGGAAAUAGUUUGCACUGAGUAAAGCAACCUUGUGUUAGGCUGCAUCCACACUAGGACUUUACUGUGUAUAUGGGUUGUUGCUCUGUGUGUGCACAAAGGUAUUUUAUCUGUGCAUGCAUGCACAGUUUUAUUGUUACUUUUUUAAUUUCCAGUUUUUUUAUAUACUAGAUCAAAGAGAAAAAUGAUACACCAGGGUAUUUAAACAACCCAAAAUGUAUGGGUGUGGCCUUAACAACGAUGAAAUUGCUCCCCUCAUCUGUUGUUUGUCAUGGGAAGCAUAGGAGCCAUCUCCUAAGGGAUUGUGGGGGCUUCAGCUCCCACAAUAAAAUAUUUGAGGGUGCCGGGCCUCCACAAAGUUGAUGGGCAUUCCCAUUCAAAUGGUGUGUGUGCACUGCAUCUUGUGUUCAAUUAUGUGGGGCGGGGUUUAACUGGGCCCCCACAAUAUUUUAUUCAAGUUGGCACCCUUGCUGGGGAGGAAGUUUCUCUUGGUACUAGUAUUGUGGAACUUAUGAUUAUGUAAUUAGUGUCAAGAUAAACACAAGGCCUUAAUCAUUUUAGCUGUUCCUCCUAUUUUGUUAAUCAGACAAAACUGGAUGGAUUUGGAUUGUGAGUAAUAGUGCUAUAUAUCCUCCCUGUGGCCCUAGUUGAUUUUAUUAUCUUGUGAAUGUUUUUAAAUAGCUGUUUUUAACAGUCUUUUAUUGAUAAUCUUAAGGUUUGUUUUUGUUUUUAGUAAACCGCUUAAAGGUGUUUUGUUUUUUUACAAUCAAGCAGUAUAUACAUUUUGUGAGAUUGUGUGUAUGUGUUUCUGUGUGAGACAGUAGACUAAUUAAUUCAAAAGCUCAAUGGUCAUGUAACUGGUAAUCCUCACCCUCUGCAUCAGAUUCUGUUUUCACUUGACUAAGCAUGCGUUUGUGAUGUUGAUCAUAGCACAAGCGCUUACUCCUGUGCAAGGAAACACUUUAAGACUGACUUUGAGAUGGAUCCACAUCUUUAUAAGAAACGGGGAAUCACCCAUACCCAGGUUGUUCUUAUGACCUCUUAUUACCCAAUUGCAUCCAUGUGUGAGUAAUUGGCCUUGCCCUUCCUCUUCCCUUUAGCUGAUGGAGGUGUGUGGGGCACUGGGAGAAAGGGGCAGUCCAGUUGUGUGAGUGGAAUGCCACUCAAGUGACAUUGGAUUUCACCCUCUAUAUUUAAAAACAAAUCUUGAAUUUUGGAAAUCCCAUUACAGCAAGGAAGCAACUGACAGUGUUUUAGCAAAUAUUUUUUAAUGCUUGUGAUCAGAUCUCAUAGCUUACCAAAUGUGCUCUUUGCUGAUAUCUAAAAUAGUAACACUUGACUUAAACACUAGGUUAAAGUAGUGCUGUUGCUGCAACUGUUGGUUAAAGAGCCCAGAACACUUGGAUAAUGAAAGCGUUGUAUAUAAAUGCUUUCUUUUCCUGCCUAGGUUUUGCUUUUCUCUGGCAGAACAGAGACUAGGACAGUGAAGGGAAAAAAUGGUGUGUAAAUUGAAUGUAAUGUGACAACAUUUCUUUCCUCUGAAGGAGUGCCAAAAGCCCUUAAUGACACAUGGUUGCAUCUAAAUACAAAUAGCUAAAAACAAAUAGCUAAAAUGUAAAGAACAUUGGAGAUGAAAUUAGUUGAAUAUGCACAUGUGCACUGAAGCAUUGCAAUUCUGAUAUUCUGGUGCUUGCAUAACUGACCUCACUUGAACUGGGCUAGACAUUUCUAAAAGAUUUUUAAAAGAACUCUGGCUUUCUGUACAUAUAGAUUCUUACAACUGCUUUUCUUGCAUGGCAGGUGGUGGUGUAUUGCCUGUUUAGAGCUUGAGAUUCUGAAGCACAGUAGAUAUGUAUUUUCUGCAGACAAAAGCAUGUUAGGGGUGACUGAGUAAUGCCUGAUCCUAUCCCUACUAUGGAAUUACAGUGGUUAUCCAUCCCUGACUUACACUUUAGCCAUCAAAAUACAGUGGUACCUCAGGUUACAGACGCUUCAAGUUACAUACGCUUCAGGUUACAGACUCCGCUGACCCAGAAAUAAUACCUCCGGUUAAGAACUUUGCUUCAGGAUGAGAACAGAAAUCAUGCUCUGGCGGCACAGCAGCAACGGGAUGCCCCAUUAGCUAAAGUGGUGCUUCAGGUUAAGAACAGUUUCAGGUUAGGAAUGGACCUCCAGAACGAGUUAAGUACUUAACCCAAGGUACCACUGUAUCAGCAAAACUUCAUUCACUGUGAGAAUGAAGUUACAGGGAACAAGGCAGAGGACCUUCUCAGUAGUGGCACCCACCCUGUGGAAUGCCCUCCCAUCAGAUGUCAAGGAGAUAAAUAACUGUGCAACUUUCAGAAGUCAUCUGAAGACAGACCUGUACAGUAUAGGGACAUUUUUAAUGUUUGAUGUUUUAUUAUGCUUUUAUAUUUGUUGGGAGCUGCCCAGUGUGGUUGGGCCAACCCAGUCAGAUGGGCUGGGUACAAAUUAUAAAAAUUAUCAUCAUCAUCAAUUACUCAGGAGCAGCUGCCACAAAACCCAGUUAUUCCCCAACUGUGAACCAAGGUCACUGCAGAGCUAUGGUGAUUCUUCAUGAAUAGGGAAGUAGUCAUUGGAGUCCACAAGUCACCACCAGCUAUUUAACCCUGUGAUUCCCAUAUGCCUCUCUGACAAUUAUAAGAUAGAUUGUCAAAUGUUCUAUGUGCAGGGCUCACUUGAGACAGCUGAAAAUCACUGAGGCCCACCAGUCACAAAAUAGUGGUUCAAGGACAGAGUCAGUCACAGAAUUUUCCUUUUACAUUUUUUACUCCCUACCCCAACAGGCCUUUCAAAAGUAUUUUUACCUGUCAAUUGCUUUUCUUACUAUUCUUUCACACUCAACUUGUUACCUUAUCCUUGAUUCCUGCUUCUUUUAUAUUAACUUCCUCCUCCUAUAACAUCUUUCUUCUUCUCUCCCCUUAUGUUUACUCCCUGAUGAUAAUGAUGAAUCAAAAUAGCACUGGGUAGGCUGUGGCACUGAUGCCAGAAGUACCACUUUUCUAUCCAUCUUCUGGUCUAAAGAUCCAGCAGAUAAAUUUCCAUUUUCUAGAGAGAAUCUAUAAUCUCAGCAGGUAAAAUGCCUUCUGGAAAACAUAUAUGUUUGUAAGAUGGUAGAUUUUGUUCUGAGUUUUCUUUAAUGUGCCUUCAGGCCUUAAAAUAUUGACACUACCUAUUGAGUUUUCUCAGAAUAAUAUACUCUUCAGACCUUCAUUUCUUUUACUUUGGUUCUUUUGAUGCCUGUUUGUACAACUGCUUUAUUGUGGCUGAAUGUAGGUGAAAUCAUCUUUAAAGAUAUGUUUUUUAAAUCUAUCUGGAAUGGCUCUGCAGCUGUAAUGGUGAUGUCUGCUUAUAUUUGUGAAGCAACUUAUUUUUAACCGUGUCUUCAAAUGAAAGAUUUAUUGCAGCAAGUGUAAUAUAGUAGGGAAAUGAAUGUUCUCGCAUAAGCUGCAUUACUUGAUCACCUGACUACAACCCUUAAUGAAUACUUAUUUCAGGUUCUGUAUCAUUUGGCUGAAUGAUAGUAGGAUCUAUAUCUUAAGGCUGAGGGUAUCAUUUGAAGUUCAUUUGGUAGGUAUUUUCUGUCCUACCUUUAUUUUAACAGUUAGAUGAACUUAGGUUUGAGGGUAUGAGAUACGUUUAACACCAGAGGUGGGCCUAGUACACUGUGUGUGGAUUGGCCCCACCAUGCAACAGGCAAAGGAGAAUGCGAAUGAGCAAAUGCACAUUUGUAUCCUCUUCUGCAGGUGAGUCCAAGGAUCCAAAAAUAAACCUGGAGCUACACACAAGUGAUAAUAAGAUGUGUAUUACUACUACUUACAAAGUAGUAAUAAGUGUCAGCAGGUGAAGCUUUCCUCAUAAUUUUAUUUCCAUAGAAAAAGCUUAACAGUAUGAUUUUCUGCACUGCUCUAGCACGCUAAACCUUGGAAAGAACUCACACUUCCGGUUAUGUUACUCUAGAUCAGGGAUGGGGAAUCUUUGGCCUUCCAGAUGCCGCUGAACUACAACUCCCAUCAGCCCCAGCAAGAGAGGCCAGUGGUUAGGGAUGAUGAGAAUUGUAAUUUAGCAACAUUUGGAGGAUCGGGCCACAUGUGUUCACACCUCCUGCUGAACUUUUGUCAGUUAAACGUAGGCUAACAAUACUGCAUUGAGGGCAAGAGCAGACAUUGUAUUGCCGAUCACUCUCAGCUCUGUCCCCCAAAGUUAGUACAGCAGCAGUGGGCUACUUUUCAGGGCUGAUGUAACCCACACUUUCUCAAUCACAAUGCAUCCCCACUUGCCCUUAGAAUAUGGAUAGGUUAAUGAUGGGUUUUAUUUGUAUUUGUAUUACCGGGUUAAAAUAUCUUUUGCAUAAAAUUAACCCUGUGUCACAAAGAUCAUGACUUGUGCUUUUGAGUGGGCAUCCUACAGCCCAUUCACAGCUACACUAUGCUCCUGGAUCUCUCCUGUUAAUUUUGGGGGGCAACAGUUUUUUUCCUGCCAGUGAAGACAAAAAAGCAGCUUUCGAGUGAAUUGGGCAGUCCCUUAAAAUGCACCAGGUCUGCCCUUUUCCAUUGUCUGAAUUUUAGAGAGAGAAAAUUCUAGAGUGACACAUGUGCCAAGGAAGACAAAAAAUGCUUCAAAAUGAAGCCCUUCCCUGUUGAAUGGAGUGAAUCCCAGCUCAUGAAUCACUUUGAAACCAUUUUUCAGUUUUUUACCGUAUAUAAUUAUCUAAAUUUCUCACUAGUAUUUGCCAGUUACCUCUCUGUGUUUAGUCACUGUAUAAGAACGCUGAAAGUUGGGAGCAGGCUGAACCUUAGAACACAGUUGUUUGGAAUGCUUUCUGCCCAUUUUGCUUUGUAACUUUUUGUUCUGAAGGUGGCUAGAUCUAAUUUUAGAAAACCCCAAAAUCUCAGAAUCUGAACCUCCACACAUCACCAGUCUACAACACUGUCCCCAACUAAAAUAAGCUACUGGUUGCAGUGAAGAAGAAAGCUUUUAUAAUGACAUUAUUUCUAACCCUCUGCCAAAUCUGAAAGCACAAUGGUGCUGCACAAUGUACUUUUGUUUAAGUAAAUAGAUUUUAAAAAAUGAAGCUAUCCAUUGUAAUGAUGAGAGGUGUAAAAUCAAGAAUCAGAAUCUUUAUUUGUACAGAACAUUUUCUAUGCCAUGAUAUAUGGCUGUGUGUUAGGAGAAGUGAUGGCAUUGAAAUUCUUGCCUGUAGUCUUUCGUAUAUCUUGCCCAUGAUGCUUAGUAGUAUGAAUUAAAUACCCAGAAAUGUUAUUCUCUGCGUUGGUAUAUUUAGAGAUUCUGUAAGUGUGAGAUCUGUAUUCAGAUACAUGCAAAGCCAGAUAGAUGCCUAAUAAUAAUAAUAAUAAUAAUAAUAAUAAUAAUUUAUACCCCACCCAUCUGGCUGGGUUUCCCCAGCCACUUUGGGCAGCUUACAGCACAUAAAAAAUUGUAAAACAUUAGACAUUAAAAGUUUCCUGAUACAGGGUUAUGGAAUGAAUCUGACAGUCAAUCGGAACAUACACCAAAAAUGUAUGAGAGCAGAUGUUUAAGAGCAAGCAGUUAACAUUAAUGUGAAAUUACACCGUAUUUUAAGAUGGACAUGCAAUGUAUGCAUGUAGAAAACGUGGAAAGAGGUCCAAGUCACAGCACUACAGCAUCUGCGCUGCACCUUGAAUCAUGCAUGUGGUACCAGUCUACAAUUACUGUUGAGCAUGCAGUGCACAGAAGAGAUAAUUCUUGGAGCACUACAUGAACUACUUUUGAAAGCUCAGUACAGAGCUAACUUGUCCACAGCUAGAUAGCAGCACAGAUCUGCAAGGUUCAGGCUAAGAUUCUUUGGAAGAAUGCCACGCCCAAAGUGAUUUCUAUGAGUUGUUUUACCUUGUUCUACCAUAUCUUGUUGUUUUUUUAAAAAAAAUAAUAUUUAUUGAAUUUUAAAGAGUUACAAAAAUAAAAAAAUAAAAAACAGCAUAUUAAAGAAAUACAAAACAUCACAUCACAAUAAGAAAAAAGAAAAAAGAAAAAAAAUACAAUGAAUCCUCCCAUAACUUAUCUUUCAUUUACUUAUUUCCUUGACCUCCUCACACCUCCCUUUUUUGUACCAUAUCUUGAAGUAUGCUAAGAACGCUGAAAUUAAUAUGUGUGUGCCCCCUAUGACAUUUGACAAUCCUUACACUAUAAAUCUCUUGCUUUGACAGAUCUCAGUUGGUCUGUUUUCUUAUCUGUGCAGGGCUGACUUUUCACUAUGUAAGAGUAACUUUAGUUGCUGAGCAUUGUGUUAUAAAUAGUUGACUGCAAACUAAAAACAUAAAGAGCAGGAUUUAGAUGAUCUUUUCUUCUCACCCUGCCAUGGCAAGAGCCAGUUAGGCCCCGGUGACCAAGAUUAUUGGGCACAUGAUACUGGAGAAGGAUGAUCCCUGAUCCUCCGGCUGCUCUAAACAUGAGUGAAAGCUUGCUUUCAACCACCUGGCAGGCAAAGAGGCAGCAGAAGAUGGCACACAGCCUCUUGCUAGCUGUGAGCUGAAGAAAAUUGUAUUGUCUCCAACCUCAGUUUUUUUUUUAAAGACAGAGCAUGGGGUUGGGGAGAAGACCCUACCUUUUGGAGAACUGGCAGGUCCUGGUGACAGCAGACCUUUUUACUUGGCACUCAUUGUCACCCCAAAUUUGUUGACCUGUGGAAACCAGAAGUGCAGGAGGAUGUUGAAAGCAAUUUAUCCCACAGAAUCUUAAAUACCCUUUUAGAACUUAAACCUGUUAAUCUAUCAAGAUUUUAAAUAUGCAAGGUAACUUUUAAAAAGUUGCAACAUCUUCCUGAAGAGCAACAACAACAACAUGACCUACAGUGGUACCUUGGUUUAUGAACUUACAGUAUUUUUCUGUCUAUAAGACGCUCCCAUGUAUAAGACGCCCCUAUUUUUGGGGUCUCAGAUUUAAGAACAUGGGGGGAGAUGGCCCAGAGUAUAAGACGCCCCCUAAUUUUUGACAUUUUUACAUUUAGGAAAAAACCCUAAUCUUAUACACGAAAAAAUACUGUAAUGCGUUCCUGAAGUCCGUUCUUAAACCGAGGUGUGCUUUCCCACCGCUGGUGCCCUGCUUCCGUUUGUAGACCAAGGUAAAGUUCGCAAACCGGAACACUACUUAUGGUUUUGUGGAGUUUGUAAACCAAAUAUUUCGUAAACAGGACUGUUUGUAAACCGAGGUACCACUGUACUUAAGCAGAGAUUGAGCUUUGGUAAAAUUGGUUUUUGCUGCUUGGAUUAUGGCCCUAAAUUUGAGGCAGAGUUCCUUUCUAAAAUGUUAGAAGAUACUGCUUUAAGGUGGGUGGGGAAUUAAACCACUGCUUAUUUGUAGGGCUAUGCAAAGUGAUAUGAGAUAGCAACAUGAUAGGAGCUUGGAGACAUUUUUUGGGAUGACUUGACUACCUAGAAACUGGGAAGAUAGUCAGCUCACUUUUUAACAUGAAGCUGUCACAAAAAGUAAUAAUUGCCAUCAGGUCCACUCUACUGACAUUUUGAACUUAAAAUGUUCAGUAGGCAUACUCUUUGGUGUCAAAACCAUUUGAAAGCUUCAUGGAAGAUUAGUGCAGUGAUACAUCUACUGUUGCCCACUUGACCUUAUCGAAUAUAUUUGGAAGUACAUAAAGAAUAUGAACUCAGGAUAUUUCUUGGCUAACUGACCUGGAUACUUGAUAUUUUGCUUACUCUGCUAUGCUGGUGAUUCAAGGGGGAGGUGAAGAACAGCAUUUGGAUUGAUUCUAAAAAUGACUGACCCCCCCCCCCCCCAAAAACCCCUUGAUUAAUUUGUACUUCUGUUACAGAGAUUAUGUGUUGGUAAGCUUUCCUUCCUCUGCAUGGAAGGUAAGAGAAUGGUGGAGGAGGGGCAGAGCAAUCCAUCCUUCUUCCAUGAGCCUGCUGGUCCCCUAUAACUAUCAGUUCUGCUAAAGCAAGGUAGUUUUGUAAAUCUCUGGGUUCUCCCAAGCACACUGAGAACCUCUUAUUUUUCAAUGUCCCCAUCUUCGAUCCAGUUCUUUAGGCACUUGCCACCUCCGUUUGCUAUUGGAUGGAGUAAUGCACAGUAAGUUCUGCAUUAGAAGGAGUGAUGCAUCAAAUGCAUUAAGAAUGGAAGGAAGCAAAAUUCAGCUGGUAAUAAUGAUGCAAUUUGUAAAACACCAUCCUAGGAGGUUGGGAGACCAACUGCCUGGUUGGUGCAGAGACAACCAUAUAUCAGUGUUUGAGGACGGGACAUAGAUUGUACUCCCCCUCUGAAGUUCCAGUGUUAGGAAGACACUCCUAGGAUUGUCUGAUUGGCCAAAACCUACCAGACCCAUUGACAUGGUGAGGAGCAUUUUUUUUUUUAAGUCUUCCUUAUGCAGCUCAUAACUUAUUGGAGCUGUAUACAUGAGUUAUCCUCUAAUUUUACUGGUAGGCUUGCUUUAAAGCAGAUCUAAACAUAAGGAUGUGUUAUAAGAAUUUGAAAACUGCUUAAGAACUCUUAAGUUUGGUACAGGUAUAUACUUCCUGUUCCUUAGCUGACUUAUUGUCAAUCAGGAUUGAUACCUAAACCAGAUGUGAAACAGUGAUAAGCAACUUGCAGUAUAUGUACACUUAUACAGCAUGUGUGUGUCCUGUAUAACUUGAAUGUUUGUCAUCUUACCUUAACAAUGCACUUGGUUCAACUAAAAAGGUAUAUUUAAACAAUAUUUAUCAUAGCCUGAUAUAGGAUGCUAUAUCAGAAGUAUGAAAAAGGAGUACAUACCUUACUGAGAAAUUUAUUUUGGGGGCAGAUAUUUUGUUUUUUACACGUUCCUUAAACUUCAAAUAGUGCUUGCUCCAGUUCUUUAAGUGACAUAAAAUCUGCUGAGUAAACUUAGAUUAAUUUUUUUAUGUGUGCCAACUGUAAUUCUGAAUGGAAUAAAAGUUUUCUUCAGAAAGGCUGUUGUUAAGAUUCCUAUGCUAGGUACUGGUUAUGAAAGGUGGACAUCAGAUUUAUUGAUUCUUUCUUUACCAGUUGCAAGUUCUUGUGACUUCCAAAUGCCUUACUGUGAUCAAAAAGCCAGGGUCCUGUAGUUGGCAUAGUUUCUUUAGCCAUCACCUGUUUUGUACUGCUGGAUGCAAAAACUGUUGUCUCUCAUCUAUAUACAGUAAAAUUAAUCAGACCACAUUUCUGCUUUUGAGUUAUGGUUGAAAUGGUUUGCUAACUGCCUCAUGGCUGCGUAUGUCAAUGCUAUCUUUCUUCCACAUCACAGGUAGGAAAUUGCUCUAAAAUAGAGUAUUGAUCAAUGUUUUUUUUAUAAGAAGACUGGAGCCAACUAUUCUCAAGGGAACACAUGAACAGAACAGCGUUACUCUGAAACAAGUAGUUAGCCUGCCUAUAUGCUAUCUUCAUGAUUUUUAUAAACCAGUACGUAUCUCCUAGGCAUCAACUUCAUUUGCAUGUAUCUCUAUAUCUUUUCAGACAUAGUUUUCUGUGUGGGUGGGUGCGUGCGUGCAUGCAUGCACACACAGAGGGGAGAAAGAACAGAAAAAUGAUAAAUGAACUUGACCAAGUAUUUGAACACUAACUGAAAUAAGUGUAGCUUCUAGCUUUUGAAUUUUACAAUUCUUGCUGACGUUCUCGCUGCCUCUGGCCAGAAUACCAAAGUGGCAGCACCUGAGUGACACAACCAGAGGAAUCUGUUUUCCAGGAGUUGCAUAAGUAUGCAGGGUUCCUCUUUCCCCCCUCUCUGCAGGGUUCAGUGGCAUUAGCCAGUUGGAGGAAUGGGGGUGCAGGUGGGAAAAUCGUAUAGGCAGCUUGCCUGUAAUUCUUCUGUGGUAACUUUAUUUUGAAAAGUUAUAAGGCAUUAUUCUGCUAAUCUCAGCAUUAGGAUUUUCAAGAUCGUUCCAAAGCCACAAGUGUCUUUGACAUUCUCACAGCAGCCUGCAUUUCCACUUUGUGUUUUGGGAAAAAGCAUUUUACCACCCACAAGCUGUGUUUCACCUACUGGACAUCAUAUUUGGUUACAUUUUGAAGAGGCUAUGACUAGCUUGGGAUAAGGAUGUGCGUUGUAGGAAAUACAGUACAGCUUCUUUGUGUGCUACUUGCAUUCUAAAAUAACUUAUCUGCUCUGCAGGGUGCUGCCUUUCCAGCUUUUCCAGCAUGCAGUAGUGCAACACUUCACAAAUUUUGGGGGAUCUGGGGCUCAACUACAAUUUCAGAGCCACUCAAUAUUUCACAAUAUAUAUUCCAUUUUCUCCUUUCUUAUCUUGUCUGUUCUUUUGCGCCCCCAUUUCUCCAUUUAUAAAUAAAAUAAAAUACAGACCCAAAUCGAAAAAAUAGUGAUAACAGUGGUGAACCAUCUUCUUGGCUGGGCUGCUACCCAGGUGUAGUUCACAAACUGCACUAUUCUACCUCAUAUGAUAGAAAUAAAUUCAAGCUGCCUAUCAGUUGUUUUCCCAGAUGUUGUUUAGGGCAGCUGUGUAUCUACUGUAUGGAUGAUCAGUAUGAUUUGUAUUCUGUGGGACCAACAUGGCAUAAUAUGUCAAAUUGCUUUGUUCGUCCUUGUAUCCUCCUCUUGGAAUAAUUUUAACUGCAACAAUUAGAAUGUCAUAUUAAGGAGCUGGGAUUUGGACAUUUUAAAAUUUAAGCAGUUUAGAAACUUGUCCAGUUGUGAGUAAUUCAAUACAUGGCACAGAGAACUAGAAUAGGCCAAAUUAUAAAUCUAUACUGUAUGUGCAGUUUGAUGCUUUCCUUUCUACCUUGGUCUCUACUCAAACUGAGGGAUAGCUCGCUCAGUAGAAUAUGAGACUCUUAUUCCCAGGGUCGUGGGUUCGAGCCCCACAUAGGGUGAAAGAUUCCUGCACUGCAGCAAGUUGGGCUAGAAUGAUCCUCGUGGUCCCUUCCAACUCUACACUUCUAUGAUUCUAUCAAAAUAAAUGUUAAAUGCUCACUUUGUUCUGUUGUACUCAUAUGUCCAUUCACCACUUAAGAAGUAGCUUGCUAACUUCUGGUUACUUAACUUCUGGCUACAUCUGUGUCUCUCCCUCCUCCCCAACAUAUCAAUUGCAUGUGGUGUGUGCCAGUGUUACAUUAAGGAUCCCACAAAUCUGGAAGGAGAAUGCACAGUGUACAAGAUAUAAUGAACAUUAGUUAUCAGAGCAGCUAGUGCCAAGACUAAAUUGAAAUGCAGCAAGGACACUGGCCUCAACACACCCUUAUUUUGAUAUUUUGGUUCUAGUAGGUAAGAGUUUUCCUAUGCAGAUCAUCUGAAUGGCAACUUAUUCUGUCCACAGUAGUUAGUUAAAUGUUUAUCGUCAACACAAAUAUGGCAGUGAGCAAAAUAUGGGAAUAAAGCACCAACAUGGUAUGUUUGCACUGGAAAUCAAUAUCUGCCUGUAAAAUAUCCCCCAUCUCCCAAUAUUUAUAUACAUGGAAACAUCCACAAGUUUUGAUGUUGGAAAGAGUUUGAUUCUAACUUGUUCAUUCACGUAAAGGAAAAAGUGAUUCCUGCCUAUUCUUCCAUCUCCAGGCCCCCUACAUCAUAUUCUGCACCAUUCCCAAGGGUCUCCUAAACAGGAGCAAUCUUUCAUUUUCAGGUGGUGUAGGGAGCUGCAGAAGAUGGGAAAUCCUUGUUCCAUGUAUGUGGACUUUGUUUCAUUCAUGGGAGGAAAAUUAGGAUUCAAGCCUAAAUGCAAGAAUCUGAAUUAGAGAUCCCUGUGUAAGAGUGCUUUGCCAUAUGCUGCUUCAAUUACUUCUUGCUGAUCAAAAUUUGUAUAUGGGAUAGUUGUGUGCCUUCCAAUUUUUGAUGCUUUUAUGAAACAUUUUUGAAGUUUAACCCUUCUCUGCGAUUUGAAUUCUCUUUUCCUGCUCUAGUAUUUGUUAAUGCUAAAAAUAAUAAAUUAUAGUGUGGACUCCAAUGAAGUCUGUGCAGAAGUGCUCACAUAAUGGGGCCUGCUUCCUCUCCAGUCUCCCCCCAUGUGCCUAUAAAAUCUGCUCUGAGGGACCCACAGCAGCUGAUUUAGGUAGGAGAAGGGGAAGUCCUACUGCUUUAGAAGCAGUCUUAUCAUGUAACCUUGGUUUUUUUCUGUAAAAACUGAAAAUUAAAAAAAUAAUAAUUAAAGAAUGAAAGGUAUCUUAUUUAUUUUUGGCAGAAAAGCCUUUCAGUGAAGCUUAAUCCACUGUUGCAAACCUAUCCCUGAAUAGCUUUGAGCAUGUGGAAAGUUCAGCUUGCAAAUAUUCAAGAGUUUUCACUGACUGUGGCAAAUUCCCAGCAAGUUCUUUGUCUGCAGAGACAGAAUAGGGGCAUGGCUGUGUAAGCUGAAGUUUAGCAGAAUGUGCAGGUGCACAGAAGUCACCACAUUUUUCUACUCCUUCUUUGUUGCCUAUUAGUAAUGCUGAGACCAACCAUAACUAGGGGCAUAUUAUUACAGUGUUGGACUUAAAAUAAUCUCAGUAAGUCACAUUCUCUUGAUGUGUAUGUUUCUUUUCUAAGUUUUGUCUUUUUCUCCCCCAAGCUGCUGUUUGACAGAGGAGCCCCACCAGCCAGUCAUGUUUAAGGAUAAGUGGUGGAGGUAAGUACCUUUUCCUCCCUAUAUUUAAGUAGUGUCUUGGCAUCUGAGUUGCACUAGCUAUGUUAAGUCUCACCUGAGAGGAUGCUAGAAUAGUUCUGUAAUGUUUGCAAAUACGUAUGUCCACUGACUGUAUAUAUGGUGUUUUGCAGCUUGUUUCAUCUUCUGCAUUAGGUAGCACUUUUGCUGUUUUUCCCCCUAAAACCGGUAGUACAUGAGUUCCAGUGACAGUUGUCCAUGUAAUAAACUUGGAGACUUGGCCAUUGCCAUAGUAGAAUAUUUCAAAGCAAUUUAGUGAACAUACAGAAAUAUUUUUUAUGGAAAAUUUCAAGGGUAAGGGGCAAACCAGCAAAUGUUUGGGAGCAUGAGAAAAGUUCUGACCACACACAGUAGAAAGAAAUAGGAAAAAAUUGGCUUUAGUUGCCACUUGGUUCAUUAACCACAAAUGCAGUAUAUUUUCUGACAACAUGUAGUGACUCUUGAAAUAGCUGCAUAGUGAGAUCCCCAUAGGCAAAGCAUUGAAUGACAAGGGCUGUUGGAUUAGCUGCAGAAUCUAUGCAGUCUUCUCUAGCAGGAUGGAAUUUCACAAAACUCUAAUCUGUGGUACUACAGGGAGGUCUUUAGCUACAGUAUAACAGUCAGUCACACCAUGCAUAUAUGAUUACCACCAAGUCAAUAAAAUAUUCAUCUAGGUUAUCUUUGGCCUAUCUGUAGUCCAUUCUCAUUAGCAAAUGUUUAUCAGAUCAAAACAUUUCCCCAGAAUCAUGGGGGACAAAAUCUGCCUGUUUUUAAAAAAUGAGAUUUUGAGGAGUCUGUUCAGCCUGAAGUAAUGUGACUCAACAGGGUUUUGAACUUUUUUUGUUAUUACUAAAAAUUCUACCUCUGGCAUUCUCCAUAGAUAAUGCAGUUCCCCUGGGUAGCUUGAUGGCUAAUUCCACAAAUUGGAGUGAGCCUGUAGAGAGUGUUUACGAUGGUAUGCCAUAGGAAUAGGUCUGUAAUCCCAUUCUUUGAAUGUUUCAGGUGUAUGAUAUAGUUUAACCUUAAUGCAUGUGUGUGAUCCACUUUAAUUGCAACAAAUCUGAGUUUCUGUGCAGUUACUCAUCCUAUUGUAUCCACCUUAUAAUGGAUUGGGGGCUUGCGGGGGUACUAGGCGUAUCUAGCUUGGAGUUGUGAAUUUUAUAGAAAAUCUUCCUUUUAAGAAUUGGAGGUCAUUUCUAUCCAAAUAAAUGGAAUGAAAUUCUGUAUCUGGAAUCAUUUUUCUUUCUCUGUAUCACAUGACUGUGGUCACAUUCAGAUUAUCAAAUAUUGGCUUUAUAAGGCAAGAUAUGCAUGAGCUUCACUCACAGCUGCUUUGCUCCUCCCUUUGGAUAAGCAGCGAAACAAGUCAGGAAGCUGCAGCUAACCAUGACAUCCUGUUGUAUGUUGUAUAUGAGAACUAGUUGUUUAUUAGAUUUAUAUAACAGCCCGUCAGUAAAUAUUCCCAUGGUGGCUUUCAACAAUUUGGUUCCAGGAUACCCCAAGGAUCACCCUGAACCCUUAUAUUCUAGUUACAGGUAGGUAGCCGUGUUGGUCUGCCAUAGUCGAAACAAAAUAAAAAAAUUCCUUCCAGUAGCACCUUAGAGACCAACUAAGUUUGUUAUUGGUAUGAGCUUUUGUGUGCAUGCACCUGUGGAACACCCUGUCAAUAGAGAGGUACAGUGGGCUCCUUCUGUGCCAACUUUUAAACACAUGCUUAAAACUUUUCUAUUCCACCAGGCCUAUGCAGGCAAUUAAGAGUAUAUUCCCCACAAUGGUCUGUUGAUGUUGGUUUUUAACUUUUUAUGCUUUUAUUGUGUGGUUUUAUGUUUUUAUAAUGUUGUAAACCACUGUGAUAUAUUUUCAUGACACAGUUGUAUAUAAAUGUUUUUAUAAAUAAAUAAAAACAUCAAACACAAUUUACAGUAAUAGGUAAUAUCCAAUAAUAAUACUGCACAAAGCUUCAUUGUGCAGAGGCAGAGAAUAAUUUACUGUACAGCCUCAAUUUAAAAUGCACUGAAAAAAGAUAAAGAAGGUGUCAGGCGUGGCUCUCUGUGAAGUCUGUUUCAUAGCUGGUAUGCCACUACUAAAAAACCACAUCUCCUUAGUUACCCUCUGCCUCAUUUCAUUGGUGGAGGCACCUAGGGAAGGGUUUCUGAAGAGAAUUUUAAGGUGCAGGUAGGCAUACAAAGGAGGACGUGAUCUUUUCAAGUAACCUGUUCUUAGGACUUUGCAGGUUAAAACGGGAGCUUUAAAUUGGGUCAGGAAAUAUACUGGAAGCAAAUAAUGGUUAAUGCCAAACAAGCCAGGAUGCAAAAGCCGACUUCAAACUAUGGUUUCAUAUCCUGACUUGUUUGGAUGCCAAUACCCAUAUUUUCCAGUUUGGACGUCCCAUUAAAUACUUUCUGGCCUGUUUGCUUACUCACCUGAAAGGAGGAAUGGUGCUGUUGCAUGUGGAUUCCUGACACUUGUGCAUAACUUCUUAUUAUGCCAUAAUUUGUCUUUUGUCCGUGGAGAAAUAAGAUUAUUGUGAUUUAAACUGUUACCAUAGAAAAGCAUAUAAAGCAGGCCAUAAGAACUGCUGCCUUAUUCCUAGCUAUAUACGUCACAGAAAUAUACUACUACACAUCAAUAGGAUAGUAUAUAUUUAUAUAAACUAAUGGUGGGAAUUAAUAUUGGAGGCAUUUGUUGUAUCUUUAAGUUUUCAAAUGUGUACGAUGCCCCUGCUUAUUUUUUGUUGGGUAAAAUAGUGGUAGCCCAAUUUUCAGUCUAUUAACAGAACUUGCAACAUGUUACAUCACAAUGGUAGAAUUUGGGAUGGCUUUAUUUCCAGUAGGUCACUAUAUUGUGCAGUGUCUGAGAAGGGUAGCAAAGGUGCUAGAGUUUUUGUAAAGACAAUAUUUGCUUGCUUUUGCAGGAUAUCUCAAUUGGUAGAGCAUUAAACUCUUAAUCCCAGGGUCAUGGGUUCAAGUAUUAGAACUGGCAAAACAGACUUCCAAACCGGAUCCAAGAUGUGUCCUGAUCAUCAUAAUGGCUCUUAAUAUGUUCUCUUGGAUGUUUUCUCCAGUCUAAACAUCAUAUAUCUCUAUCAACUUCUUUCAAAAUUCAUGCAGGAUCUGCCAAGACUGAGCUUCAUUUGUAUGGUCCAUUUUAUCAUCUUACACAGCUUAUGCAUGUGAUUCGCACUUAAUCACAACAAGCGUAUUACAAGGCUGUUCAGUUAUUGUUAACUUUAUUAAUGCUCCCUUUCUUAAUAUUCAAGUUGCUUUGAGUUCACUUGCUUACUUCCUCAGCUACCUGCCUGUAGUGUGACAUAAUUAUAGCUGUUUGCCUUUUCCACUUACCCAAAGCAAUAUACCUGAAGGAGCAGGUUGUGUUAUUUAAUAUUUUGUUGGAAGCUGCCCAGAGUGGCUGGGGAAACCCAGCCAGAUGGGCGGGGUAUAAAUAAUAAAUUAUUAUUAUGUGUUCCUGUGAGUCUGAACAAGACCCACUUUUAAUGCUGCUGCCAUUCUGCUGCCCACGUCUACAACAACCAGUCAUUUUAGACAUUUGAGAUUCCUGAGAGAGCCUUUGCUAAUGGCCUUUGGUACCUACAAAAUAUUUUAGCGCUGGCAAUGUGGAAUCUGGUCCCUGCUUCUGGUCCUUGCCUGAAAGAAGUUAUUUUGCUUUUUUCCAUAUUUUUAGUUUGUAAUAACAUAAAAUUUAUUAGAAAUAUAGAGCAAUGUGUUGAGUUACAUUGCCUUUCCUUAAUACCAUGGUGAUAAGCUGCCAAAUCCAGCCUCAUGUAGCACAACGCAUAUUAAAAUUGGGGUAUGCUUGUUACGGCUCUGACAAAAUCUUCCUUGCCUUCCAGUAUACCAGUUCUGCUGGUAGGGAGGUAUAGUUUCUAUAUUUAAUAUAGCAUUUGGUUUGCAGUUUGGUUUUGGAAUAUUUUUUCAUAAGCUUUGUGUUCCACCUGCAGUGGAAAUGCACUUAAUCCCCAUGGUAAAAAAAAAUGCUUGAAAAGUUUAGGAUUGAGAAGAGAGUAAACUAGCUGCAUGUUUUUUCAAUGUGAAUAACCUUAAUCUGUGCAUGAUGUGUAACCCUAGUUUUUUUGUUUUAACAGUAGAUAAGCAUGAGACCACCGUGGCACAGCUGCAUGUGUAUUCACUCUUGAAGCAAUUGCACACUUUAUUGGCUGACAAUCUUGGCAUUUUUAAGCAAAAACAAAUUUUAAGGGCACAGAACAUCUGUGUCUGACUUGUCAAAUAAACUUGCUUGGUGUCAUCUGAUGGAGCCUUCUGGUAGUGAACAACUCUAUGAUGAUCCUGACCUUGGAGGAAAGUCUCAAGAUCCAGAGACCAAAAGGCAACAUGAAUCGGAGCAAAAGCUAUCCAAAAUUACCCACAAUGCCUUGGAGAAUAUUAAUGUGAUUGGUCAAGGGUUGAAGCAUCUCUUCCAGCAUCAACGUAGGAGGUCCUCAGUGUCUCCCCAUGAUGUUCAGCAAGCUCAGGUUGAUUUGGAGCUUGAAACGGAAUUGGAAAAUCAAAGCACAUGUGCUGAAAUUGAUGGUGUCUCUACCCACCCCACAGCUCUGAACAGAGUUCUCCAACAAAUCAGAGUGCCACCUAA